AUGUUAAGAGAUGAGAAACUAGAGAUGAGACUGUUCAAUAUUCUUAUUGGGACGGACUUCAUAAGAACUGGAUGGGAAUUUCAGCACUUCCGCGAUGUUCCACGUAUGUCGGUUUUCGAUCGCCAACCACAAUGCACAACAACGUCUUCCUCUUACGGUGAUGACCUUCACGAUUUUCUAGCGGUCACAGGUCUCGGCAAGUUCUCGUCUGUAGUUAAAUUGCAUGAGGACGAACGGCAAACUCUACUGAUACCCGUUCAAACCAUUCGAUGA